AUUCAUUUCCAACAAGUUACCUGCUAAGCACUUUAUUGGAGUAUCGCAGGGGAGAUAUUUAUAAAUCGUUCAGUACCACAAAGUACAUGUCUGAAAAACAAACACAAACAGUAAAUACGAACGAAGACAAAAGGACCCGCACAAUUGGAACGCAGAUAAAACUAUGUAAAACCACUAAUAUAGCAGUACAAACAAAUCGCAAUGGAACUAGUGUGGAGGAUAAAAGAAUACGGACUCUUGAAACAAGAUUAAAAGAUUCCAUAAACAAAGGCACACAGACAAUACAAGCAAUAAAAAAUGACAAUGAAACCACAUCCGCUGAUAAAAACAUGAUAUACCUAAUUACAACAGAAAACAAUAAUCCCAACGGCUCACGGCAACUAUCCAACGCAACUUUAGAUUUGUCAGAAACACAGGUGACAAGGCAAUCAUGCAGCAACAUUGUAACUUACCAAGAAUCUACGGUUUUAAAUCAACCAGGCUAUUACCUUCAUUUCGUAAUAGCAUUGGCUUUUCUUCUGCUUUCGGUGUUUGCAUUCCGUCAAGCUGACUUUGACACGAGUGACAUACAUUCUAAGACGGAAGAGUUAAUUGAAAAGAUAAAACAAUUGUACAUCCAUCUUUCACGCAUUUUUAAGGAACAUUCCGCUUCAUCUGGGCGCAGCAAGAAUGUGAAUGAUUCAACUAGUGAAACCGAACGCGCUUUCUUCUGUUUACUUAUUGUACUACUUGGUUAUGGACUGUUUCUAUUUGUUGCAGUUCUGAUAACCCAGAAUCUGCCGUAUCGGCCAGUUGUCAGUGAGAGACGGUGGCUAAGGCAACAAAAGAGACGUCAGCGGCAUCAGUUUGAAAGAUAGUAAUAUAAAUUGAAAGACAAGUGCUAAUAUAAAUGGAGUCACUCAAUUUCGAUCUAGUAUUCAGGGGCCGAGUUGUCAAAGCCUGGGGCUUCACAAGUGGAUUUAUAUUUGAUUCAAAUAUGUUAUAUGCAUUUUUGUAUUUCCUUGCAUUGUUGUUUGUUUUCGCUGUUUUGUUUUUAAAGUGGCAUUUUAAAGUUAUUUUGUUAUAGUUUAUUUUUCAGAAUGUUUUCACGGUUUUAUUUCAUUUAACUUAAUGUAAUUUUUCAUACAUACCAAUAUUUAAUUUAGUUCAAGUCAGAAUUAAAUCAUAUACCUGUAUCUGCACAAUGUUUUGUUACGAAGUUUAUGAUGCUGCUAAAAUGAAAAAAAAAAUUCCGAGCAUUAUAAUAUUUUGCAGCUAUGAUAUCAAUAUUUAUUUCCGAUAAUUUCCAUUUUUCAAAAAAGCGGAACAAUUUUAGCCAAGUAAGUCGAUGAUAAUUGUUAGAUAGUGGUGACAGAAAAAGACAUACAUUCAAGGAGGUUACUUGCAAUCUCCAGUAAAUUGUAACAAAUGACUGGCAUUUCAAUAAGGCUUUCAAACUGCUUCCUGACAUAACUUUAUCGUUAUUCUAUUCAUUACCUGCUCUCAACGUAUUGAUCAUACAUUUUGUUUCUUUGUAUUUCUUCCCUUAAAUGUUUCUGUUGUUAUGUGUUGAUCUUUCUUUGUUGAAAUAAAUGUGUUUUUCAUA